AUGAAACUGACGGCGAUUGGCGUGCUGCGCUGGAACGGCGACGCCAAGGAGCCCAACGUGCUGGGCUUUGCCUGCGACCUGUCCAACUUCGGCUACUUCCAGCGCGGCAGCGUGCGGGACUUCAUCACCUUCACCUCGCGCACCAUCGUCCAGCGCACGCAGCGCGGCCAGCGCCAGACCGUGCAGCACGAGGACUACUUCAUCCACGUGCACGUCAAGGAGUCGGGCCUGGCGGGCGUGGCCGUGUGCGACCAGGAGUAUCCCCAGCGGGCGGCCUUCUCUGUGGUCACACGCGCGCUCGAGGAUUAUGGCGCCAAGUUCGGGGAUGCGUUUCGCUCGGCGUCCGGCGACGGCCAGGAGGCCACGCCGGUGCUGGAGCAGUGCCUGGCACGGUUCCAGGACCCCGCGCAGGCGGACAAGCUGACCAAGAUACAGAGGGACCUGGACGAGACCAAGGUGAUACUGCACAAGACGAUCGAGAGCGUCCUGGAGAGAGGGGAGAAGCUGGAUCACCUGGUGGAGAAGAGCUCGGACCUGAGCUUGCACACCCUGAGGAGCCAAGACCAAAGGAUAGACCGGUUGUUGAAGGAAAAUCGUGAUCUGGAAGACACAAAUGUUGAGCUUCUUUCAAGGCUGAACGAGAUAAAGAUGGAGAAUCUGGAGGUGUCUGAAAAAAUUGUUGAGUUGGACGAGCAGGCCCGGCUAUGGCGAGUCCAGGAAACAGACUUGCAUGACAAAGUUAAACAUCUCACAGAACUUUCCACAACAGUCACUGAAGAACGGGACCUGAUUCGUAGGGAACUGGUGGACAAAAUGCAUCUCCUGGAUGACUUCGAGACCCGCUACCAUCGCGAGUACAAGUGGGUUUCUCAUCAGUUAUUCAGUCGACCAAUGGCAACAUCGAGUUGCAUGAUUUCUGGUUUGCUGCUGCGGAAUCUCCUUGCACAUGGGUUGCUGAUGCUCCGCUUCCAGAUCUUGCUGCUGGAAGCAUAUGAACAGCUCGAGAUGGAUGUCGAAAAGGAAGUGCAGCAGGCUGUUGCUGGGCAGACCGCUGAUUUUGAGAGGCAGGCCAAGAGGAACAAGGCCUUGGAGGAAGAGCUGCAGUGUACCAGGGCAAGGUGUAGAGCUCUGGAUGAGCAUUUGGAGCAUCUCCAAGAGAGCUUGGACGCUGUACAGGAGAGGAACAGGAUGUAUGAAGAGGGGAUAUAUGGUCUUGUGGAGGCUAUGGAAGAAAUCAGUUCAUUGAAAGCUCGUCUGGAUGCAGCAGAGAAGCGGCAAGAGGAGCUGGUGUCUCAGGCAAAUUUAGCAAUGGACAGUGUGGAGACCCUAGCAGAUGAGAACAGGGUGCUCCGGGCAAAGGCAAAUGUUCCAGAAGAGGAGGCAGUUGAUAUCUCACAUCUGAAGAUUGAGAAGGAUGCAGCCAUUCUGCAGCUGAGAAGUCUGACUGCUCAAUUGGAAACUGAGGUGUGGAACCUUGAGGAAGAACGCCGCAAGUUGAAGACAGAGUUGCGCUUCAGGGCCAAAUACCAGGGCCGCCAAGCAGCAGACAUGGGCUUGACUCCAGAGCAGGUCCUGAGGGUGGAACAAUAUGUUGACCGUUUGAAGCAUGGAGCAGUUCUGGCAGACACAGAAGAAGACCGGUUUGUUGAGGAGCUCAUGCAAAGAGUGCGCAUUCUCGAAGACAGAUUGGCGCAGGCUCAGGCAUAUGCUGAUUUGCCCCCGAACAUGCGACCCUCCCUGGUUGAUUUGCCUCCCCAUUCCACCAUGGACAGAUGGAGAUCUCAGUGGGAGUCUGAGGUGGUUGUCCCCAUUAAGGAGGCCAUAUCACAGCUUCAGAAGCUUGGCCCACUUGAAGGCACAGCCCAUACAGCAAUUAAAGAUGAACAAGUGUGUGCACUGGUGGCAGCUUUCAGCACUCCUCUGGAUAUGGCUGGCAAGCUCCUUGACACAGCCAAAGCAGAGGCCCUGCUCCUACCAGGAGCUGACGCAGGAAAGACGCAGUGCAUCCAUUCAGAUGUUGAACUCGAUGUGUUAAAGCAGAAACUUCAGUCCAUGGUUGAGAAAGCUGCUGGCCUAGACCUUGAACUUGCUAAGAAGGACAUCGAGCUAUCACAGCUGAAGCAGAACAUUGGCUCAGGAGAUUGCCAAGCAACCCCACAAGCUGAAGAGGAAGCAACUAAUAGGUCCAUUGGGGAAGCUCAUUCUAUGGCAGCAUUGAAACUGCAGUUGGUUGAGCUGGUUGAGGAGGUGGACAAGAGGAAUGCAGAGAACAGGGCUCUUGUUCUCAGCUGUGAGAAAUAUAGACGACAGAUGGGUGCCUUCUUCGAUCAGCGAGCACUGCUGUAUGCUCAGCAUGUAUCGGCCCUCAGAGCAUGGAAGAAGGAAAAGCUAGGGUUGGAGAAAAAGAUGCAAGAAAUGAAGGGUGAAAUUGACUCAUUGCGGGCCUACUCGAGUGAAGUCGAACGUGGCAUAGAAAACAUGGCCCAGGGCUGCAGUGUGAAGGAGAGUCUCGCUGAGGCUGUUCGGCGGGCGGCAAUUGUGCAGAUGAAACAUGUGAGAAUUGCAAGGGAGCUGGAAACCUCCCGGGAACUGGAGUCAGCAAUGUCCAAUCAGUGUAGAACCAUGGAAUCAGCAGCGGACAACGUGACAUGCACAUACAAGGCUCUUCUGCGGAAUUCUCGCCACCUCACCAAGGACCUUUCCAGACGGCUGGAGGGUGCGCUGAGCAGGCUGGAGGCAUCCGUCCCCUGUCAGGUUUUCAAUGCUGUGCAACAAAAGUACGUUGAUUUGCAGCGGUGCCACAGAGAACUUGUGGAGGAGUAUGGGAACAGAGCAACACUGCAUGACAAGGGCAAUGUUGUGUAUGAUGAACUUGUCUCUUAUUGGAUAUCGAAGUUUCUUGACAUGAGUGACACGUCCACGAGGUUCAGUGAAGAAAAUCUUGAGCUCAAGAGAGGUUUGGAGAAUAGCACAAACGCCGAUUGCGCCUCAUCGGCACUGCAGGUCGAGCUGGUGGAAUUGAGGGUGAAAGAGCAGAAUGCCUGUAGGCGAGUGGAAGUGGCUGACAGAGCAAAAGAAAGGGCAGAAGAGUCUCUUGUGGAAGCACUGGAACGAGCCAAACACAUGGACAACUGUGUGGCUGAAUUGUCUGCUCGGUUGGAUGCGGUUUCUCGUUCUAAGGAAGACCGGGACGACCUGCUUGCUUCGAGUGUCAGCCGUGAGCGUUUCGAUGACCUGUACACCAGAUGGGCAGCAGCAGAUGAGAGAUGCGCAAAAUUAGAACUGCAGGUAUCAACUCUGGAAGAAUCUGCAGAGGUGGAUGGGUCCAGGGUGGCCACCUUAAGAAUUAUGUUGAAACGCCACCAUGCAGAGAUUGUGAAUCUCAAGGGUGCUUUGAGGGAAGCGGCGGGCCAUGGGGACAAGGUGGCCGCAAUUGCUCGGCUUCAAUUGGAAUUGGAACACGUUCGAGAUCUGGAAGCCCUUGCACGUUGUGGGCAGCUUCAGUCCAACAGUGAACGAGACAAGUUGAUGCUUGAAGUGAACCACAUGGCAGCAGCUGUGGCACAAGCAAAGUGUCAGUCGACGGCAAUGGCAGAGGAACUCAGAUGUGUGCGUGCAGAUCGCCAGCGCCUCAUUUCUGACCUUAAAUCCCUCCGCGCUGGUCUUGUUGAGAGAUGGAGAGCUGAGCUGUGGACCAAGAGGUUUGCCCUUCUGGAGUCCAGCAAAAGCACUCUCUCACAGAAUCUUCACAAUAUUCAAGCACGGGUAAAGGAAAUGGAGCAGCAAAGGGACAAGGUCAUCAUGACAGCAGAAGCUGUGGACCGCCUAUCUGAUCUGAUGUCGCAGCCAGCUCCAGAGAUUUAUAAGGCAUUGGCUGAUCGUCAGGAGAAACUGCUGACCGUACAAGUCGAAAAUGCUCGUCUAGAGAGAGCGAUGGAAUCUUCCAGAACUAAGGUGUCUUACUUGGAGCGCACGAAUGCAGACCUGCAGAGUGUUGUGUCUCAUAUGGAGGGCGAAACUGUCAAGCAACUGAGCCAGCUAGCUUCUGACAAUGAAGCAGCAUGUGCAGAAGGACAGCAGCUGCAGAACACGAUCAGCAAGCUUUCCAAAGAGAAUGAAACCUUGUCAGUGGAACUGGCUGCAAUGAAAGAGCUCCAUGAUUCAGCCAGGUCCACUGAGCUUGGCGCCCGGGAAGAACAGGCAGCAGGAACAGCAGCGGAUAGGGAGCUGAUGCUUCGACAGAUUGAAAAAGUGAAGGACGCACGCCUGGAAGUUAAGACAUAUCGCCAGCAAUGCGAUGGACUUCAACGGGACUUAUCUGUUUCUCAAGGGCAGCUGGAGCAUCUAAGGAAGGAGUACAAUGAUCUGCUGGAGCGGCUGCAACAAGGAUCGGAAGUUUCACUAUCCAAUCCCAAGCCAUCUCAAGAUAACAAGGAUGCUGCUGUUUCCCAGGUGCAGGCCAUGGCAGAAUCGACCAUAAAAGAGUUGCGAGAGCAGGUUAUCCAAAAAGAGCUGCGCUUCAAGGAGCUUCACAUUCGGCUUGAGAAUGAUAGAGAGGUGUAUCUGCGUCAACACAACAUAGAUCGCCGUGAGAUCCAACGCCUGAGUAGCCGUCUCCUUGAGGGAGGCAGGACAUCCAUAGAGCAAUUGAAGGGUGCUCUGAGCCAUCCAACUUCUGCACACGAGUCAGCCCAUCAUGAUCCGGUUGACGGAGGGAAUGAAUCUUAUGAACAAUUGAAACACAUGCUGGAGGAGAGGGAAGCGCAGGUUACCCUGCUCACCACUCAAGUCAAGCAGCUGGAGGAAAAUCUUGAUGAACAGCAGCUGAAGCACCAUCGUCAAAUGGCUGCCGUGGGAGAGGAUGUGGAGGCUUUAAAGGCUGAAUUGGCCAGUGCCCAGGAACUAAUAAACUCCGGGGAGGUGGAGAAGGGUUGGCGGGAAGCUGAGAGAAAACUGAGGCUGCAAAUAGCAUCAAAGGAUGUUAAACUCCGUCAACUGAAAGAUGCGAUCAAAGCACUGGAGCAGAGACUUGUGGACGCUCUGAAGCAGACUGCAGAUGAGACCAUGCACGAGAGCAGCUGGCGUGAACAGGAGGUGCUGGAUGAACGCAUAGCUGCACUGCGUGUCCAGAGGGCAACGGCUGUGCAGGAACUGGAACGCUGCCAACUUGAGCUGUCAACUGUGCAACACGAACUCGAAGAGAAGGGGGAGGAGCUUAGGAAACUGAAAUGCAACACCACGAAAAGCUGGCCCAGUUCCAAGGCCAAUCAGAUCCAAGGGCGGGGUCAGUACAAAGCAAACAGGGCAAGUGCCUGCCAGGAAUCCCAGAAGCCAAGGGAGCUAGCACCAGGUCCCCAGGACGUUGUAGAAAAACUGGAGAAGACCAUUGGGGAUUUGUCGGCUCAGAACAAAAGGCUGCAAGAGCAGAACCGUUUGCUCCACGAGAAAGCUUCCAGAGAGGCUGUUAGGAAGAAUGCGCCAAUUGCCCAUGGUGGCGAUGCAGGAAAAGACACAGGAAGUGAUGCAGAGCAUGUUUUGCAGCUACCAGCAAGGCAGGACUUGUCCAUUCAACAGUGGGAGGAGAACAAAAGACUUCAAAAGAAAAUAGAAAAUCUAAGGACGCUUGUCAACAAGAAAAACCAGGAACUCAUGCAAACGCGCAAGGAAUUGGAGAGGUUGCACCUCCACACUGAGGAACAGCAUAAGGCUGCCAUUCGACAGUCAAACAGCAUACGAUCACUGCAAGAAGAGCUGAAACAGUCUAAAGAAGCGCUGAAGCAGCAACCGGGUGCUGCAAAGUUUGCCUCCCUUCUUGAGAAGCUGAAUGAAGUGGAGGAAGAGAAGGGCAGACUAGAGCUUCAGGUCGCUCGUCAGGGAAGGGAUGAAGCACAUGGGUCACAGCGCCUCGAAGAGAAGAAAAAGAUUGCUGAUGAAGAUCUGGAAGCAGCCCUAAUUCUUAAGGAAGAAGAAGCAUUCGAGGCUGCCUUGCAGAGGGAUCAGGCGGAGGCUCAUGUACAUAGGCUGAAACAGCGGAUGCACGAUCUGUUUGGAAAUGGAGAGUCCACUUUCGCCACAGCAAGUCCAUGUAGAACACCCCUGGAAUCCUCGUCAAGACGUGGGAAACAGAUUUCGGGCACUGAACGAGAACGAGAGCUGCUGGCCACGGUGAACACUCUCAAGAAAGCGCUAGAGAAGUCCCAGGCGGGCGUACCCCCAACCAAGUAUCGUCAGGCGGUUGAGAAGCGAAAGGAGGCCCAGGCACGGGCCAAGGAGCUUGCUAGCGAAGUGCAGCGAUUGUCUGAGAAGGAGGUGGAUGUUCAGCACCUGAAACAAAAGAUCGAUGAGCUGCAGACCUCUAAUCUUGUUUUGAGACGUCAAGUCGUGAAGCUCCAAGAUGUGACAGCCAAACUCGACGAGGCUCAGCAAGCUAUGAACAGGAAGGACGCUGAACUGGCAGCCUUGAGGAAGGCGCUGGCAAGCGUUGGGUCGCACCCUGGGGAGUCGCCCGAUACCCACCAAGAGACUGUGCAGCCUUCCACGUCAAGUGAACCGGAACUCGCUGCACCAUCUGAAACGAGCUCUGCCUUGAGGAGGCGGGUGCGGGAACUGGAGGAAGAAAAUGAGUUUCUGCAAAACGAGCUAGACGCUUUUGAUCCUGAGUUCUUCGAGGAAAUAGAAGCCCUGAAGCGUGAGCAUCAGGAGCUUAGUGAACAAGUCAGGCGGUAUGAACAUCUUGUGCAGUAA